AAAUUACAUAUGAAAGUUUACUAUUACAAGAGAUUGGAUCCAUUGUUAAUACGUGAUUCUCUUGGGAACUAAAGAUGAUAAAACCUUGAGCACCCAUUGCCAUGACUGAAUGGAAGAAACUUGAUUUAGAGUGAUAAAGAGGAUAGGAGAAGAAUUCAUAUUUCCUGAAUAAUUGUGGCCAAUUUAACGUUGGUUCUGUAUUUUUGCAGAUUUGGUGGAAAGUUUGAAGUUGAUGGGUUUGAAGCCAAAUGUGGUGACUUGGAACUCUUUGAUAUCUGGGUUUUCGCAGAAGGGUGACCUGGGAAUGGUGUCUGAGAUUUUUAGAGUAAUGAUUUCAGAUGGGUUGGAGCCUGAUGUGGUAUCAUGGACUUCUGUUCUAUCUGGUUUUGUGCAGAACUUUCGUAAUAACGAGGCAUUUGACGCGUUUAAGCAAAUGUUGAGUCACGGGUUCUGCCCAACUUCGGCUACUAUAAGCACCCUUUUGCCUGCUUGUGCUACUGCAGCAAGAGUUAGAAUUGGGAGAGAGAUUCAUGGCUACGCUUUGGUGACUGGGGUGGAGGGAGAUUUAUAUGUAAGGAGUGCUCUUGUUGACAUGUAUGCAAAAUGUGGGUUCAUUUCUGAAGCAANGAAUUUGUUUAGUAGGAUGGCUGAGAAGAACACGGUUACUUGGAACUCCAUCAUUUUUGGUUUUGCGAAUCAUGGGUAUUGCGUGGAAGCUAUUGAGCUCUUCAAUCAGAUGGAGAAGGAAGGGGCUGCCAAGCUGGACCAUUUAACUUUUACGACAGCUCUCACUGCAUGCAGUCAUGUUGGAGACAUUGAACUUGGGCAGAGGUUGUUCAAGGUCAUGCAAGAAAAAUACGGUAUUGAGCCACGGCUGGAGCAUUAUGUGUGCAUGGUGGAUCUUCUUGGUCGAGCGGAGAAACUUGAUGAAGCUUAUUGCAUGAUAAAGGCUAUGCCAAUUGAACCUGAUUUGUUUGUGUGGGGUGCAUUACUGGCUGGCUGUAGAAAUCACGGUAAUGUAGAGCUUGCCGAAAUCGCUUCUCUGCAUCUGAUGGAAUUAGAGCCCGAGAGUGCUGCAAACCAUCUUCUGUUGUCUAGCCUAUAUGCUGAUGCAGGCAAAUGGGGAAAGGUUGAGAGGAUCAAGAAAAGGAUAAAGAAGGGAAAGCUCAGAAAACUUCAAGGCUUGAGUUGGAUAAAUAAUUUAUAACAUUAUAGGUCGGUGGAGGCCAUAGGUUUUGCUUCAUGGAGAGAAUGGUGCACCUAGAGAUAUAAUUUUGGAU